AGGAGGAGGAGGAGGAGGAAAGGAGGGAGGGCAGGAGGGAGGGAAAAAGGAAAGCGGGCAGGUGACACCGCGCUGGGUUGCUCGGGGCUGGCGGUAGCAGCGCGGCGGCCAUGCACGUCAAUGGCAAGGUGGCUCUGGUCACCGGCGGGGCGCAGGGCAUCGGACGGGCUUUCGUACAGGCGCUGCUGGGCAAGGGUGCCAAGGUAGCCCUCCUGGACCGCAACUCCGAGGCCGGACAGGAGAGCAAGGCGGCCCUAGACGAACAGUUUGAAGCGCAGAGGACGGUGUUCAUCCAGUGUGACGUGACGGAUCAGGAGCAGCUGAAAGGUGCUUUCAAAAAAGUAAUUGAACACUUUGGAAGGCUGGAUAUUGUGGUUAACAAUGCUGGAGUGAACAAUGAGAAGGACUGGGAAAGCACUAUACAAACUAACUUGACAUCUGUGAUUAGAGGAACCUACCUUGGCCUAGAAUACAUGAGAAAAGGAAAUGGAGGCAAUGGAGGAGUAAUCAUUAAUAUCUCAUCCUUGGCAGGACUCAUGCCUGCUGCAUUUCAACCUGUGUACUGUGCUACAAAGCAUGGUGUAAUUGGAUUCACACGAUCAAUAGCAUUAGCUGCUACUAUGGACAACUACGGUGUGAGACUCAACACAAUUUGUCCAGGAUUUGUCAACACACCAAUUCUUCAAUCAAUAGAUAAAGAAGAGAAUAUGGGACAAUAUUAUUCAUAUAAGGAUGAGAUAAAAAAUAUGAUGCAGUUUUAUGGCGUGAUGGACCCAUCAAUAAUUGCUGAGGGACUGAUAACAAUAAUUGAAGAUGAUACUCUAAAUGGAGAAGUAAUGAAGAUUACAGCAUCCCAAGGGAUUCAUUUUCAGCAAUACAGCCAAACACCUUUUACAUCAUCAAAGAGAUAAAUAAUUGUUUUUUGCUAAUUACUCUUGGCCUUUCUUAAAUAAAAAAGUUUUGAAAAGAGUAAUUUGGGGGAAAAAGGUUAGUGUUGUAUCUAGAGCAGUGACAGCGUUCAAACAUUUGCAUCCCAGUAACAAAGAAAUGGGCAAGAAAAACUGGUGUGGGAAGAUGUUACCACCCUACUCUGAUUAUAUAAACACUAAGAAGAAUAUUUAUUUAGUAUAAUAAAUACACUGAUCUGAAACUAUUGUUUAGUAAGACGGGCCACUUUUUUCAUUCUGGUAGUUCUGAUCUACAUAUUCCAAGUGAAUUUUGGUGGACCUGACUUACUUUCUUUAAAUUCUUUUCACUGCUGUGCCUACUUACACCUUGAAUUCUUCAGACUAGAAAUUCAGUCCAGGGAUCUAGCCCACAAGCUCUGUAAGGAGUCAAGAAUUUACUUUUUCUUAUGAAAAUUGAAUAGAGCAAGAGGCAAAAUUCAAAUUCCUUAUAUAUAUAUGCAUCUAUAUAAGUAUGU